UAAUAUAAGUAAGACAUUUUCAAUUUUAUAAAUUGUCAAAAAAUUAUCUGCUUGGUCAAAAUUUUUGAAUAUGUAAUACAAGAUAAUAUCACAAUAGUAUUCCUUGAAUCUGUUUAAAAAAAAAAUACAAACACAAAAGUACAAUUUUUUUGACGAAUUUCAAAUUGCGUUCAGAAACAUUUUUCGUUUACGUCGUAAACUUUACAAGUAUAUAAUAUAUCAUCGAGUUCAAAUUUAACAUACUUAUAAAUUAAAAUAGUAACCUACUCGAUACCUCGCUGCCAGAGCGCGCAUUUGACCACUUAGUGACCUACCUAUUCGAAAUUUAAAUCAAAAUUAGGACGUUAUACCGGCAUGGUCGCAUAGCUAUAAUAUUUAAGUCAAUUUAUCCAUUAUCAAACUUCAACGUAAUACAUUUUAAAUUUUAUCUAGAGCUUAGACCUUGAACAUUCGUAUGCCCGUAGACUUUUAUUGAUAUUUUAAUUUUUAAAGAGUUACUAUGGAUGGAGUCACGUCCAAUUAUAUUAUAUCAAUAUAAAACAAUGUUAGUUGUUACCGAUAUCAGCGACGAGUAACCGAAUUAGAUAUUCGAUAUGCGUACGCGCAACGUAACUCCGUAAUUUUAUUGUUCUAUUUUCUAGGACAGUAUCCUUUGUAACUUGUGGACAUCGAGAUAUAUAAACUAUAGUUGUAGUUUAUAUAAGUAUAGUAAAGUGUAUAUAUUAUCUCGAUGCUUGUGGAUAAUUAUGCGAGGAGUCGCUUCGCGCCACAGACUUCUAUACUUUCUUUAUAGAAAUCUGUGCUUCGCGCAUGCGUACAUCGAUCAUCCAAUUCGGACUAUUUAGUAUUCGGAGACUCGCUAAUAUCGGCAACAAAAUAAUACGCUGUAGCUCCCAUAGAUAAUAUAAAUAAUAUUUAAAUAAAAUAUUUAAUAUUAAAUUUAUUUAUUAAAUUAUUAUUAAAUUUAUUUAUUAAAUUAUUAUUAAAUUAUCUAAGCCAUAGGUUAUAUAAUCUGUGAUCUAAGCUUGCACAAUCAUGAUAAAAUGAUUGUAAAGAUAACAAAUCAAAACAAUAAACAUCAUAAUAUUCAUAACAUCGCGAUUAACGAACGAGCUCUCUUCCACUUGAUAACUUAUUAAAAUUUUCUUAAUAUUAUAUUAUGUCAUCUGAAUAUGGUUGCUUGGUAGCUUUUAGAAUAUUUUCCACUAUUUUCGUACAAAAUGGCUAUAUUCAUCCUGACGAAUAUUUUCAAACUACCGAAAUCAUUACUGGUGAUGUCUUUGGAGUUAUACAUGACCGCCCUUGGGAAUUUAAUAAGAACACACCAAUUAGAAGUAUAGGUUUAUUAUAUGGAAUUUUUGGCAUACCAUUAUAUAUUGCCAAAUGGAUUUUCAAAUUAUAUAAAAUUCCGUGGAAUCCUUUUCUAUUGCUAUUUGUUUUCCGAUCAGUUACUUGUGCAAUGUCAUUUAUAACUGAUUAUUCGCUAUAUAAAAUAUGUAAAAUACUUAAACUUAAGCCUAAUAGAUAUUUGUUACUUCUUUCAAGCUCUUAUGUUAUAAUUGUAUUUGGUACAAAGACAUUUACCAACUCUUUAGAAUUGGCUUUGGUAUCUCUUUUGUUAUGGAGAGUUGUUGACAGUAUGGCUAUUUCAGAAAAAGUUUUAAGUGCUGAAAACGAAAUACGAAAUAUGUAUGCAUUCCGUACAUCAAUAACAGAUAAAGUAGUGAUGAGCCGUAAACUACGUCUAUUACCUAGUCAUAAUUUUUCUCAUUGUUUGGAAAUUGGCACAAUUUUAGCUGUUGGCACCUUUAAUAGGCCAACUUUUUUAUUAUUUGCUGUUACCCCUAUAUUCUAUUGGGUUUCCAGAGGAUUUUAUAAAAAUAAUAAUCGUUUUAUAAAAAUAUUCAAUAUACGUAUUAUAGUAUUAUUUAUAUGUACUCUGCCUGGAAUAUUUAUAUUUAUACUCAUUGAUUCAUUUUACUAUGAACAUAUAACAGAAAAUGAAGCUAAUUUGGUCAUAACACCUUUAAAUUUUAUCUAUUAUAAUAUACAACCUUCAAACUUAGCUGAACAUGGUAUCCAUUUUCGAAUGACUCAUACUAUCAUAAAUAUGCCAUUGCUUUUCAAUGUCUUAGCUCUACUCUUUCUAGGACGUUUACAAUUCAAUUCUUUCAUAAAAAUUAUUUUAAAACACCAUUACCAUUUAUUACCAAAUAUUUAUGAAGUUAAAACUCUAAUGAUGGCUAAUGUGUUCAUUCCAUUGAUUCUGUUGUCAAUUUUUCCACACCAAGAGCCCAGAUUUUUGUUACCUCUUUUAUUACCAAUUGUAUUUUCUACUUGCAAGUAUUUUUCUAGUCAUUCCAUGAAGAAUUUCAAACACAUACUUCCGGUUUGGUGUUUUUCUAACAUUAUUGGAUUUAUAUUUUAUGGUUACCUGCAUCAGGCUGGUAUUACUCCGAUGAUCUCACAUUUGUUUCAAGAUAUUAAAGAUGCAACUAAUACUUAUGUAAUCAAUAGUCAUACAUAUUCUAUUCCUGUUGGAUUAUUAAUGAUCCCUAAAUUAAAUGAAAGUUUACUAUACAUAAAUCAACGUCACAUCACAGUAUAUGAUCUUGGUUCUUCGUUGGAUCCCAAUUCAUUGUAUGACACUGUGAUGAACAUCAGUCAACAAAUUACUCAUAAAGAAGAACUUACAGUCUAUUUUGCACUAUCUGGUCCUUUAACCAAGCAAUUCGAAUCAGUUAGUAAUGCGUCUAGUCUUGCAUACACAAAAAAAAAUUUUUUUCCUCAUUUGUCAAUGGAAUCAUUACGUUUUUAUUUCACAUCCAUGAUAGAUUUAUUUUACCAUGACAACAAUAUGCCUUAUAUAAGUUUGACAGAACUUCGUGAUAUAUUUUCGCUUGUACUUUAUAAAAUAACUAUAAAGACUGAAUAACAAUACAACAUUACUUAUUUAUUUUUAAUACAACUAUGUUACUUAUUAGUUAAUACGGUUUUAACUUUGAUAUUUUUAGAUACAUUUUCAAUGGUUUAUAGUUGAUUACAAUGUACAAUUAAAGCUCUACAGAUAUUAGUAAUUACUAUUACUUUAAAGUAGAAUAACAAAAAUGCAAAUUCUAGUCAUUAAUUUUUACUCUGUAAUAUGUAUGGUUUUCUGUACUAACUUUAAGUACGAUAUCAUUGUAAUAAAUUUAAUCUACAAGCUAUUUUUCAGUCUUUGAAGCUAGUCUCAACCAAUUAUUAUCAACAGGAAUACAGGAUAUUAUAUUAUACCAUUUUUCGUAUUAUAUUCUACAUAAUAUUUAUUGAAAUUUUCGAGGUAAAAAUAUUUGGGCAAGAAUUAUAUACUUAAUUAUAGAAUAGAUUUUAAAAAUUUUUAAUACUUAUGAAUUAAAAUUGUACUAUACUAUUAAUUGAAUUUAAUAUUAUAAAUUAAAUUUCGUAUUUUAUACUAAAUGAUUUAUUUGAAUUGA